AUGAUCAACUUGAAUAAAUGCCCAUAUAACUGGCUUGACAGCAAAAUUCAAGCUCAAUGGCCACUGAUUAAAUUCCAGCUCGUUAAUGGACUUUUAAGGGUUGAUCCUAAGGAAUGCAAUAGGCCGAAUGUGAAAUGGAUUCCUUUGGAUAAAGACUGGAUUAAGGUGAACUUUGACGAAGCGACAAGAGGCAACCCAAGUCAAUUAGGAGCAAGGUGUGUGGCGAGAAACCAUAAAGGUGAAGCCUUGGCAAGAUGUGGACAAGGCGUAGGUAUUACUACUAACAAUAUAGUAGAAGCAAAUGCAGCCCUUUUGGCAAUUCAGAUGGCAAAAAGGCUUGGGGUAAGAUACUUGCAGCUGGAAAGUGACUCUAAAAUUAUUACUCAGGCGAUAACAAAGGGGAAUGCAAUCCACUGGAAAAUAGACAAACUAAUUCAAAUCAUAAUUACACACUUAAUGGCUUUCCCAAAAUUUAAAGUCUCUCACACUCUAAGAGAGGGAAAUCGGGAGGCCAAUAUGCAAGCUAAGGAGGUAGUGGAUUUCCGACAAGGUGACAUAAGCUAG